GAAGCUCCCCCCUCUUGGUUGUCAUCAAGUGGCAUAGUCUCAUAAAACACUGCUACAAGUGUACAUACUCUGCACUACGACGACUACCAACAAAAAAGAGUGACACUAGAAGCUAGUCUACCCUCGAACGGGACUCGCCCAAAGAGAGAAAAGACCCGGGGUCAUCACGUCGAUCUAGCACGCAAAGAGGGUUUCUUGCGCUGUCCCCUGCCCGUAAUCCAAGCAAAGCCACCAAGGUAGGAUUUCCAACCUCCAACGACUUCACUGCAUCCAUAUCUUUUUUUGAUUUUUUCUUUUUGUUUUUUGCCUUCGAGACAAUCUCCUUAAUUUCGGGCUACACAACUGUUAGAUUCUGCAAGCGCUUCCAAGGGUGAUUGUUGGGUUUUCCGUUAUAAUAAGCGAGCACAGUCUGUUAUUUGCCCUUUCCGACCCAACUCUUACCUGACUACCACCUACUGGCCCUCCUCCCCCUCCCGUCCCCUCCUACCUCUACAUACUACGACAUCCCAUUCAACUUGAACGUCAAAAGUCGUGUGUAUCCAUUGGGCCGCUUGCCACUACUCAAAGAAGCUCCGAGAAACGGGCUAACUAUUUAGAGUGGUACCUGAUAUCACCCAAUCUUCCAAGCCCGCGCUUAAAACCCCAUCGCUUCACCUCCACUCUUCCAGACUUGUUUCUGGGCGUGCUUCUGUCCUCUUCUACACCUAACACCAACCACAGUAGCUGUCAACAUGAACGACAUCUCAGACAACUCUUCCAACUCGCUGGCCAACGGCGGCACCGUUGCCAACAGCGACAUUCCCAAGGAUGGCACCGGUGUCUUGAGCAUUGACCCCUGGCUCGAGCCGUUCAAGGAUACCCUCAAGAGCCGCUAUUCCAAGGCCCAAUCCUGGAUCGAUACCAUCAACAAGACAGAGGGCGGUUUGGAGAAGUUCAGCAGGGGUACCGAAAUCUUUGGUUUCAACGUCGACAAGGACAACACCAUCACAUACAGAGAAUGGGCUCCCAAUGCCAAACAAGCCUCCCUCAUUGGCGAAUUUAACAACUGGGAUAGGAACGCCCACCGCAUGAAGAAGAACGAGUUCGGCGUCUUUGAGAUCACAAUUCCUCCCACGGCCAACGGGCAACCAGCUAUUCCCCACAACUCCAAGAUCAAGAUCACCCUCGAGCUCCCCGACGGCCAAUGGGUCGACAGAUUGCCAGCAUGGAUCAAAUAUGUCACCCAGGACCUCUCAGUCUCGCCCGCAUACGAGGCGCGGUUCUGGAACCCUCCCCAAUCCGAACGAUACACAUUCAAGCACAAGAGGCCCUCAAAGCCGGAGAGCCUUAGGAUCUACGAGGCCCACGUCGGCAUUUCCUCCCCGGAGUGCAAGGUGGCUACCUAUAAGGAGUUCACCAAGACCAUGCUUCCUCGCAUCAAGAACCUGGGAUACAACGCCAUUCAGCUCAUGGCCAUCAUGGAGCACGCCUACUAUGCCAGUUUCGGAUAUCAGGUGAACAGCUUUUUCGCGGCAAGCAGCAGAUACGGCCCGCCCGAGGAUCUCAAGGAGUUGGUGGAUACCGCCCACGCCAUGGGUAUUGCCGUGUUGCUCGAUGUCGUCCACAGUCACGCCUCCAAGAACGUCCUUGAUGGCUUGAAUGAGUUUGACGGUACUGACCACCAGUACUUCCACGGCGGCGGCAGGGGCAAGCAUGAUCUUUGGGACAGCAGGCUUUUCAACUACGGUCAUCACGAGGUCAUGAGGUUCUUGCUCAGCAACCUUAGGUUCUGGAUGGAUGAGUACGCCUUUGAUGGCUUCAGAUUUGAUGGUGUGACAAGUAUGCUUUACCUCCAUCACGGUAUCGGAACUGGUUUCUCUGGUGGCUACCACGAGUACUUCGGCCCUGAUGUUGAUGAGGAGGCGGUCGUUUACCUCAUGCUCGCCAAUGAGAUGCUUCACCAACUAUACCCCAACGUCAUUACGGUUGCCGAGGAUGUAUCAGGAAUGCCGGCUCUGUGUCUCCCACUAUCCUUAGGAGGUGUUGGCUUCGACUACAGACUCGCCAUGGCCAUUCCCGACAUGUGGAUCAAGAUCCUGAAGGAGAAGAAGGACGAGGAAUGGGAUAUGGCCAAUAUUACCUGGACCUUGACAAACAGGCGUCACGGCGAGAAGACCAUUGCUUACUGUGAGAGUCACGAUCAAGCGCUCGUCGGUGACAAGACCCUCAUGAUGCAUCUCUGCGAUGCCGAGUUGUACACCAACAUGUCUAUCCUCACGCCUCUAACCCCGGUCAUUGACCGCGGCAUGGCACUGCACAAGAUGAUCCGUCUCCUUACCCAUUCCCUGGGAGGUGAGGGUUACCUCAACUUCGAGGGCAACGAGUUCGGCCACCCCGAGUGGCUUGACUUCCCCCGUGAGGGCAACCAGAACUCUUUCUGGUACGCCAGGCGCCAGCUCAACCUUACGGAAGAUGGUCUUUUGCGUUACCAGUACCUCAACAACUUUGACAGGUCGAUGAACCUGACCGAGGACAAGUAUGGCUGGUUGCACGCCCCACAGGCCUACAUCUCUCUCAAGCACGAGGGCGAUAAGGUUAUUGUCUUUGAGCGCGCCGGCUUGGUCUUUGUCUUCAACUUCCACCCCUCCAACAGCUACACCGACUACCGCAUCGGUAUUGAGCAGGCGGGCACCUACCGCAUCGUUCUCGACUCUGAUACCAAGGAGCACGGUGGCUUCAACCGUCUCGAUCCCCAGACUCGCUUCUUCACUUCGGACCUUCCGUGGAACAACCGCAAGAACAGCACCCAUGUGUACAUUCCGGCCAGGACAGCCUUUGUCCUUGCGCUCGAGUCCACCCUUUCAGAGUAGGGUAUGAACGACCAGAUAUCCCAUCCGUUGUCCAAGUGCGGGUGAUGAGAAUUACAGCGGCCGGGUGAAGGCCACAAGCGUAGGAAAGCAUCGUACGUUUUGUCGUACGCCAUAGAAGAUUUGGACAGGGAAAACCGGUCGGCAUGAAUAGUGCUGUUUUUGUUUUAUCUAUAUUGUAUCGGUCGGCAAGCUUCGUGUUAUUUACAAGUCGUAUUCCAAAGGUUCAGGACAUGUAUCUGAGAACUGUCAAUUACAUCAACAUCAGACUUUGCAAGUCUUCUGCUUUUGUUGUC